AUGACCACUUAUGAGAAGAUCGUAAAGGGGGCGACAAAAGUCAAAGUGGCUGCUCCGAAAUCAAAGUACAUUGAGCCAAUAUUGAUGGCUACAUCUAUAGAUCACUCAAUUGUGUCGGCCGAUAACUUUAAUACCAUAAUGAGAUCAUUACAACAGAGACUACGUGAUAGUUCAUGGUCAGUGGUUUAUAAAUCAUUAAUUGUUAUCCAUCUUAUGAUUAGAGAAGGUGAUAGAGAUGUCACGUUGAAAUAUUUAGCUGAUCAGGGCCAUUCAAUGUUGAAUUUGUCCCUGAGCAACAUUGCUAGCAACAAUAGUGGCAGUCUUAAUGCUGAUGUCCGGUUAAUUAUGAAGUAUUCCAAAUACCUACACACCAGAGUCAAACAAUAUGAUGCUACUGGGAUUGAUUACGUGCGCGAUGAACGAUCAAAUAAUAGUACUACACAAGAAGGCGGCAGAUUACGAUCAUUAACCAUUGAAAGAGGAUUAUUGAGAGAGACGGAAAGUGUUCAAAAACAAAUUGACUCGUUACUCAAGAAUAGUUUUAUGGAGAAUGAUAUAAACAAUGAUAUAGUUUUGACCGCGUUUAGAUUGUUGGUGAAUGAUUUAUUGGCAUUAUUUCAAGAACUUAAUGAAGGGGUGAUUAAUAUAUUGGAACAUUAUUUUGAAAUGUCAAAAUACGAUGCUGAACGAUCGUUGAAGGUUUACAAGAAAUUUGUUGAUCAAACUAAAUACGUUAUUGAUUAUUUACGAGUGGCUAAACACCUUGAAUAUGCUACUAAGUUACAUGUUCCAACUAUUAAACAUGCACCAACGGCAUUAACGAGCUCAUUGGAGGAGUAUUUGGAUGAUCCUAAUUUUGAAAUUAAUCGUCGUCAGUAUUUAGCAGAAAAGGGCAAUAAAAAGAACAUUGAUAGUCCCAAGAAGCCUAUUUUCAAUACCAGAGAUGAGGUAAAACCCACAGCUCAACAACAACAACAACAACAGCAACAACAAGUGCAACAACAACAACCUGCGCAACAAAAUAUCAGUAAUGGUAGUGCCAGUGGAGUUGAUAGACAUGCAUCUUUAGUGGUCCAGCAAACUUAUAACCCAUGGAAUAACAUUGCCAUACCAGUGUAUGCCCAAGCAUAUACACAAGGGCAAGUAGACCCCUUCCAGCUUCAGCAACAGCAACAGCAACAGCAACAAUCCCAGUUACAAGCUCAGCAACAAGCACAGGAACAAGCACAACUUCAAGCGCAACAACAGGCUCAACAAGAGCAAGCACAACAACAAGCCCAGCUUCAAGCUCAACAACAGCAACAACAGGCCCAGCUUCAAGCUCAACAACAGCAACAACAGGCCCAGCUUCAAGCCCAACAGCAGAUCCAACAACAACAUACUUUUGGCCACCAAUCAGGAACUUCGUUGCCACCGAUAUUUCAAGGACAGCAAUAUCAAUCACCUAUGCACACUUCAUAUACAGGUGCUGGUUUUGGAGGAUAUGGUAGCCAAACAACUUUACAGCCUCAACAAACCAACCCUACACAACAAUCAUUACAACCAUUACAACAACAAAAUACCAAUCCCUUUUUGCAACUGGCACAAAAUACCCAACAACUACAACAAUUUACUUCCACGCAAUUCCAACAACAAACGCCUUUACCUUUACAGCAUCAAAACACCAAUCCUUUUUUUCAGCAAGCACAACAGGCACAAACAGCCCCAGCUGCACCACCACCACCACAACAACAAUUUACGCAACAGUUUACUCAACCUCAACCACAACAGCAGUUGUAUCAACAAUCGCAAUCAAGUCCUGGAUUGCAAAGACAAAAUACUAAUCCAUUUGCAAAAUUAGUUACUGGUCAACAAAAUACGCAACAACCACAGGGUAUUUUUUUCGGACAACAAACUGGUUCACAACAGCAACCAAUUCAACCGUUGCAACAUCAAUCCACAAACCCAUUUGCCUACCGUGCUUUUGAUCCAAAUACUGAUAGUUUGAUUUAG